GUGCGAAUGGCAGCAGUGCACGAAGAAGAACUUUCUAUGUGUGUUUUGCUCGCUGACUGCAUGGAAAAAUAAGGAUUUUCCAUAUAUUUUGUACUCCCAGCCCACGGAAAAACUUAACCACAAAGAGAAAAACAAAAAUAAAUGAUGCUUUUCAUGCUGCUGUUUAGUCGGCAGGGCAAACUGCGGUUACAAAAGUGGUACAUGGCGUAUCCGGAUAAGGUGAAAAAGAAAAUCACCCGGGAACUCGUCACUACGAUACUGGCCCGCAAGCCCAAAAUGUGCUCCUUUCUGGAGUGGAAGGACUGCAAAAUUGUCUACAAAAGGUAUGCCAGCUUGUAUUUCUGUUGCGCCAUCGAGCAGAACGACAACGAAUUGCUGACACUAGAGAUCAUUCAUCGCUAUGUGGAGCUGUUGGAUAAGUACUUCGGCAGCGUCUGCGAGCUGGACAUUAUCUUUAACUUUGAAAAAGCAUACUUUAUCCUGGACGAGCUGCUCAUUGGCGGCGAGAUCCAGGAGACGUCCAAAAAGAACGUACUUAAGGCGAUUGCCUCGCAGGAUCUGCUCCAAGAGGACUUCAAUGAGUAUCUCAACUAAUCAAUUAAAACAAAUAAAUACCAAGAAGAAAAGAAAACCCAUCCCAAAGAACCAGUGUAAAGAACAUAAAGUUAUAUUCCCGAUCUGCAAAGAGUUAGUGGAGAGUCGAUAGGUCAGAUCAGUCAAUCCUUCGUCCAGCUGUAUAUAUAUGUGUAUAUUGCCCAGCUUCCAUUUCCCUGCCUUCCCCGCGCUGCGCUGUGAUGUUCAUCCAUAUAAUAUGCAUUUCGUGUUUCCAAGUUGUGCCGUACAUGAAAGAAAAGCAAAACAAGAUCGAAAUUGGUUUCUUUUUUGGACCCAUUCUACUUACACUUACACCUACUACUUGUACUACCACUACUACUCUCUUUCCUUCUACUCUUCUCGUUCUUAUUGUUCUUAUUCUCUGUACUCCAGGACGAAGCCGUUGAGGGCACUUUAAGAGACAUUGGACUCCUCUAAAGAACUAGAACACCCUAGGCCUUAUGUAGUUGAUAUUACAAGCACACCCAGACACAACAAGCACACAAUAACACACACAGUUACACCCCAGCGAUAAUGUGUGCUGCACUUGGCACUUUACAGCACUGAUCCAUCCACUCCUCAACACUAGUGUGUGAUUUGGCUGUUGUACAGUACCAAACCGCUGAAAGAAGACGCCAAGCAGCGUGAGGCUCCAAAAAGCAAUAAUACUAGAUAGUAACAUCAGAGCAUCUGGUAUGCGGUUUCCAUACACCCUAUCUCGUAAAUUUCACGCACAGACACAAUAGAUUCAGCAAAGUUCAUGCAAAACAAGCCAACCUCACGUAGUUCCACAUGGGGUUCCUGAACUGAAUUAAUAUUCCUCUUCCUAUCUACAUUAUAUAAUCGAAAGAUCAUUCCAAUCAAUCACCAAAUGGGCAAUAACUAAUUUAGUGGGGAAAUAUGCAAUACUAUUCUUACAAUAGAAACAUGUAAGCUUUAAUGUUGAACGAUAUAUAAUUGAAAAUUGUAAUAAUCAUCCCCUAGUGGUAACCGAAUAAAAAAUCUAGUUUAUCUAUAUCUACAAGUAUAUAUAUAUAUAUGUUUAUGUAUGUGUGUUGUACGUUUUAGCCAAAUUUUCUGUGUUUUGUAACUGAAAAAAACAAUUUAAAAUAAAAACCAAGUAUUUUUGAAACAAA